CGCGUGCGUGCGCGUGCGCGUACGUACUAGUCCAACUGGUUACUGAAGGGGAAAUCACUACUAACUAGUCGUGCACCCCCCCACCCCCACAGUCAUUAUGGGAUGGAUCUCCAUGGCAACCGACCAGACGUCACAAGCUGGGCAUGUGUGUUCCAUUUUUGGCUCUUUCUUAUUUUCAGAGCGCAGGAUGUGGACGGAGGAGGGAAAGGGGGAACACGCUGUUUUAGGGGCGGCUUCGCUAUAGGGCAGCCAUCUUUCUCCUUUUUCUUUUUCCCCACCUUCCUCGUCUUUCUCUCCGUCUUUUUCCGAGGGUGCCAAGCGCGAAACACUGUUCCUCACCUUCACCGAGCGUCCUCCUCCUCCUCCUCAUUGAAAGGCGUUGCGCUAGGCUCACGUCUCCGGCUGCGGCUCUGAAGGGGUUAAGUUUCCGCGACUUCGCUGCUCCGGCUUGGAUGUGAUUUUCUCCCCCCACCUCCUCCCCCUCCUUUUUUCGGUAAUGCAGUAAAGAUGCCCGGAUCGCUGAGCAAUGAAGACGAGGGGCAAGACGAUCUGGAUUUUGAAGACGACAUAGCAGAUGAGGAUGAAGAGGACGAGCGUGACAGCAUGCCGCUCUCACCUUUGGAGCGCUUCUUCUCCGACGAUGAUUCGGUCAAGCAGAAGAAGAAGAAGCCCAGCAAGCUUAAGGAAGGCAAGAUGCCGAAAGUAAAGAAGAAGAAGAAAGAGGCCAGCAUUGGUGAGCGUGAGGACAUGUCGGACAGAGACGAUCAUGGACACCGGUCAGAGAGCGAGAGCAGCAGCUAUGGCACACUGAAGAAGAAAAAGAAGAAGCCCAAAGAGAAGAAAGAGAAGAAAGCCAAGUGGAGAAAAAAAGACGAGGAUGAUGAUGAUGAUGAUGAUGAUGAUGGAAAUAUGAAGGAGCCCAAGUCUUCGAGCCAGCUGAUGGAGGAGUGGGGUCUGGAGGACGUGCAGUACGCCUUCUCUGAAGACGAUUACAAAACCAUUACCAACUACAAGGCUUUCAGCCAGUUUCUCAGGCCCCUCAUCGCCAAGAAGAACCCUAAAAUCCCAAUGUCCAAGAUGAUGACAGUGUUAGGAGCCAAAUGGAGGGAGUUCAGCGCCAACAACCCGUUCAAAGGCUCCUCCGCCACGGCCGUAGCUGCCGCUGUGGCCGCUGCAGUGGAAACGGUCAACGUGGCUCCUCCCAUCUCUCUUAGCAGUAUCCAGCAACUUUCUCCAACGGGGCCAAUCAAAAAAGCCAAAACCAAAGAGGGGAAGGGGCCUGGAGCUAAGAAGAAGAGUAAGCCGGUGAAGGACACAAAAAAGAAAGUGAAAGCCAAGAAGCCCAAAUCAAAGGCAGGCCAGAGCGGCAAGAGGAAAAAAGCCUCUUCGAGCGAGGAGGAUUUCUUAGACGACUUCUCAGACUUUGAUGAUGUCAGCAUCCACAGUGCCUCUGUUCGUUCCGACGCCUCGGGGGCACCCAAGAAAAAACCCCGCCGAGGACGCAAAAAGAGGAAAAGAGAGGAUGGAGACGGAUAUGAGACGGAUCAUCAGGAUUACUGUGAGGUGUGUCAGCAGGGGGGCGAGAUUAUUCUGUGUGAUACUUGCCCCAGAGCCUAUCACCUGGUGUGUCUCGACCCGGAGCUGGAGAAAGCCCCGGAGGGAAAGUGGAGCUGCCCCCACUGCGAGAAGGAAGGCAUUCAGUGGGAGGCCAAAGAUGAUGAGGAAGAGGAGGAGGAUGCUGCAGGUGAGGAAGAGGAUGACCACAUGGAGUUCUGUCGAGUGUGUAAGGACGGCGGGGAGCUGCUGUGCUGUGAUACAUGUCCCUCCUCCUAUCACAUCCACUGCCUCAACCCGCCGCUGCCCGAGAUACCCAACGGAGAGUGGCUGUGUCCGCGAUGUAUGUGCCCCCCUCUUAAAGGGAAAGUUCAGAGGAUUCUGCACUGGAUGUGGGGGGAUCCUCCGUUACCCCCCGAAGUUCCUCUGGCCCGGGAUGGAGAGAAGCCGGAGCCUAUGGCCAAACCCCCGCUAAAGGGCCGACCGGAGAGGCUGCUGUUUGUUAAGUGGGCUGGACUGUCCUACUGGCACUGUUCUUGGGUCAGCGAGUUACAGCUGGAGCUGUACCACACGGUCAUGUACCGGAACUACCAGAGGAAGAACGACAUGGAUGAACCCCCACCAUACGAUUACGGCUCUGGGGAGGAGGAACUCAACAAUGAGAAAAGGAAAAGUAAAGACCCCCAGUACGCCGCUAUGGAGGAGCGUUUCUACCGCUAUGGCAUCAAACCUGAGUGGAUGAUCAUCCAUAGGAUCCUCAACCACAGUUUCGAUAAGGAUGGAGACGUUCAUUACUUGAUCAAAUGGAGAGACCUGCCGUAUGACCAGUGCACCUGGGAGGUGGAUGAAUUUGACGUCCCAGACUAUGAGAGCUUUAAACAGGCCUAUUGGGACCACAGAGAGCAGAUGCUUGGUGAAGACCAGCGCCCCCUAGUGGUAAGGAAAGGAAAGAGACCCAAAGAGGAAGUGAAGAGGAAAGAGGCUCCUCCCGAAACUCCAGUUGUCGAUCCCACUAUCAAGUUUGACCAGCAGCCAUGGUACAUCAAUGCCACGGGGGGAACACUGCACCCAUACCAGCUGGAGGGGCUGAACUGGCUGCGUUUCUCCUGGGCUCAGGGCACCGACACCAUCCUGGCUGAUGAGAUGGGCCUGGGGAAGACCGUCCAGACUAUUGUAUUCCUCUACUCACUCUACAAAGAGGGUCAUUCUAAGGGGCCUUUUCUGGUCAGUGCCCCUCUGUCCACCAUUAUCAACUGGGAGAGAGAGUUUGAGAUGUGGGCACCAGAUUUCUAUGUGGUGACAUACACUGGGGACAAAGACAGCCGGGCGGUUAUACGGGAGAACGAGUUCACCUUUGAGGACAGUGCCGUCAAAUCUGGACGCAAGGUUUUCCGUAUGAAGAAAGACACGCCUGUGAAGUUCCAUGUGCUGCUAACCUCGUAUGAGCUGAUCACCAUUGACCAGGCCAUUCUGGGCUCCAUUAGCUGGGCCUGUCUAGUAGUGGAUGAAGCCCACAGACUGAAGAACAACCAGUCUAAGUUUUUCAGAAUCCUGAAUGGCUAUAAGAUCUAUUAUAAACUGCUCCUCACCGGAACUCCGUUACAGAACAAUCUAGAAGAGUUAUUCCACCUGCUUAACUUCCUCACCCCAGAGCGCUUCAAUAAUCUGGAGGGCUUUCUCGAGGAGUUUGCGGACAUCUCUAAGGAAGACCAGAUAAAGAAGCUGCAUGACCUGCUGGGGCCGCACAUGCUCAGGAGGCUGAAGGCGGACGUUUUCAAAAACAUGCCGGCGAAGACGGAGCUCAUUGUCCGAGUGGAGCUCAGCCCCAUGCAGAAGAAGUACUACAAGUUCAUCCUAACGCGGAACUUUGAGGCGCUGAACUCUAAAGGAGGUGGGAACCAGGUUUCUCUGCUCAACAUCAUGAUGGACCUGAAGAAAUGCUGCAAUCACCCCUACCUGUUCCCUGUGGCUGCUGUGGAGGCGCCGGUGUUACCCAAUGGCUCUUAUGACGGCAACCUACUGGUGAAGUCCUCAGGCAAACUCACGCUGCUUCAGAAGAUGCUGAAGAAGCUCAAAGACGAAGGGCACCGGGUCCUUAUUUUCUCGCAGAUGACGAAGAUGCUGGACCUGUUAGAGGACUUUCUGGAGUUUGAAGGCUACAAAUAUGAGCGUAUUGAUGGGGGCAUCACAGGGGGACUGCGCCAGGAGGCCAUUGACCGCUUUAACGCUCCGGGGGCGCAGCAGUUCUGUUUCCUGCUAUCCACACGUGCCGGGGGAUUGGGGAUCAACCUGGCAACCGCUGAUACUGUCAUCAUCUAUGACUCUGACUGGAACCCACACAAUGAUAUCCAGGCGUUCAGCCGAGCACAUCGCAUUGGGCAGAACAAGAAAGUGAUGAUCUAUCGCUUUGUUACACGAGCGUCCGUGGAGGAGCGCAUCACUCAGGUGGCCAAACGCAAGAUGAUGCUGACCCACCUGGUCGUGCGACCAGGUUUAGGGUCCAAAACUGGCUCCAUGUCCAAACAGGAGCUGGAUGACAUCCUCAAGUUUGGCACUGAGGAGCUCUUCAAAGAUGAUGUGGAAGCUAUAGUGGUCAGGACCCCCAUGGACCCUCACAGAACAGGGGACAGUAAGGACGGAGAGGAGGGCAGCGUGAUCCACUACGACGAUGAUGCCAUCUCCAAACUGCUGGACCGCAGCCAAGACGCCACAGAGGACACGGAGAUUCAGAACAUGAACGAGUAUCUCAGCUCCUUCAAGGUGGCGCAGUACGUGGUCCGGGAGGAGGACGGAGAGGAGGAGGUUCAGAGGGAGAUUAUUAAGCAGGAGGAGAAUGUGGAUCCAGACUACUGGGAGAAGCUCCUACGGCAUCAUUAUGAACAGCAGCAGGAGGACCUGGCCCGCAAUCUGGGCAAAGGCAAACGCAUCCGCAAACAGGUCAACUACAACGACACCUCUCAGGAGGACCAAGAAUGGCAGGAUGAUCUUUCAGACAAUCAGUCCGAAUACUCUGUGGGGUCCGAGGAUGAGGAUGAAGAUUUCGAGGAGAGGCCUGAAGGAGGGCGCCGGCAGUCCCGCAGGCAGCUGAAGAGUGACAGGGACAAACCACUGCCCCCACUACUGGCUAGGGUAGGGGGAAAUAUAGAGGUGCUGGGUUUUAAUGCACGUCAGAGGAAGGCCUUCCUGAAUGCGAUCAUGCGCUGGGGGAUGCCUCCGCAGGACGCAUUCAACUCACACUGGCUGGUCAGGGACCUGAAGGGCAAGAGUGAGAAGGAGUUCAGAGCAUACGUGUCUUUGUUUAUGAGGCACCUGUGUGAGCCGGGAGCAGACGGGGCGGAGACGUUUGCGGAUGGUGUACCAAGAGAGGGUCUGUCCCGACAGCACGUCCUCACCAGGAUCGGAGUCAUGUCUCUGGUUCGUAAGAAGGUCCAGGAGUUUGAGCACGUUAAUGGUAAAUACAGUUCUCCAGAGCUGAUUCCUGCAGGCCUGGAGCUGAAGAAACUGACUGAGAGUCUAUCAUCUGACCCCAACACUCCUGUUCCAGCCAGCCCUGCUCCAACACAGCCCAGCACACCUGUACCCUCAGACAAGCCUGAGGGUGGUGCUGGUCCUCAAGAAGACAAAGAGGCCACUGACCAGGAGAGCACCAGACCUGCAGAUUCUGAGACACCCAAAGAAUCAGAACUGUCCCCUACACCCGAGAAAUCCAGUGAGAGCGAAGAAAUGAAGAGAAGCAACCCUGAGGAGAAGAAUAAUGUAGAGAGUGAAAAGAAAGACAACACGCCCUCUCCAACAGAGCCAUCGGCCAAUCAGACGCAACCAUCGUCCAAACAGACGGAGCAGUCCACCAGUCAGAAUCAGACAGGUGAGCAAAAUAAAGACGCAGACAGCACAGCUGAUAAAUCAGAGAGUGACUCUGCUGCAGUGAAAGUGGAGGAUAAAGAACAAAAGCCAGCUGCUCCCCACGAGUUAAAAUCCGAGGAUGCUGCCGAGACUCAACUGAACGGAGAUAAAGAAGCGAGGGAUGAGGCAGACGAGAGCCACAAAGACGACAAGAACGGCGCCAAGGCGCGUUUCAUGUUCAACAUCGCAGACGGAGGCUUUACAGAGCUGCACACUCUGUGGCAGAACGAGGAGCGCGUAGCCGUGUCAUCUGGCAAGAUGUACGACAUCUGGCACCGUCGGCACGACUACUGGCUGCUGGCUGGCAUUGUAACCCAUGGCUAUGCCCGCUGGCAGGACAUCCAGAACGACCCGCGCUACGCCAUCCUCAACGAGCCCUUUAAGACCGAGAUGAACAAAGGCAACUACCUGGAGAUGAAGAACAAGUUCCUGGCACGGCGUUUCAAACUGUUGGAGCAGGCUCUGGUUAUAGAAGAGCAGUUGCGCAGGGCGGCCUAUCUGAACAUGACCCAAGACGCCAGCCAUCCUGCCAUGGCCCUGAACACACGCUUCGCUGAGGUCGAGUGCCUGGCCGAAUCCCACCAGCACCUCUCCAAAGAGUCCCUGGCUGGCAACAAGCCAGCUAAUGCCGUCCUGCAUAAAGUUUUAAACCAGCUGGAGGAGCUGCUGAGUGAUAUGAAGGCCGAUGUAACGCGGCUGCCCUCUAUGCUGUCCCGUAUCCCUCCCGUAUCCGCGCGGCUGCAGAUGUCGGAGAGGAGCAUCCUCAGCCGACUCACGAACCGGGGCAACGAGCCGCCACAGCAGCCUUUUCCCCAGGGCUCAUUUGGUUGUUCUCAGAUGUACAGUAACAGCUUUGGGGGAGCAUUCAGAGGGCCUGGUGGGACACCCAUGGUCAACUAUAGCCAGAUGCCCCUGGGACCAUACGUCAGCGUGUCCUCGAACGGCCCCCCACCGCCCAGCAGCCUGCUAGACAAGAAGUCCAGCGACGCUCUGAGGGACCUGUCCCCCCCUGAGCUGAAAUCCGGCAAGCCCACUGAUGUCAUCUGCAUCGAAGAUUAGCCGCCCCUGCCCUCAGCUAGAUUAACACGGAUAAUUCUGGAGCACUUCUGUGAAUCAGGACUGUUCAGAUCCUAUCGAUUGCACUUUUGUCUUGAAGAGUUCUCGUGUGCGUGUCGUUUAUUCAGCUCCUGCUUUCUUUUUCUUUUAUUUAUUUAUUUAUUUUUACUUCUGUGAUUAUGAAAAAGGUCUGUGGAUGGAGACCGGACUGAGGAUGGAGAAGCUUAAGGCACUCGGUGCUUGAGGAGGUCGGACCUUCGCUGUUUUGACACGUUCUGUCAAAGACUCUACCAUCUCUGCGUUUAUUGAGCCAUUUUGGUGGGGGUGCUCGCCCUGGAGUAGAAUCCUGAAUUAAAACCCCCUCCUCUUGGGAUGUAAUGUACAAUCUCCCCCUCCUCCGCGCUUGGAAUACCUUCUUUCCCUCCUUUUGCUUGAACAUGACGCACCACUCCUGCCCCCCAGUGGUUCUUUCUAUGUAGUGAAUGUGACCGAAGACAUGAACAGUGCGACAGCUGGUUAAAUGCCUCAGUGGCGAAAACAUAUAUAUGACAGGACAGUGGUCAUAUCGCCCAGUCUCUUUAGUUAUGCGGAAAUCCUUGGUUUGGAAUGCACUGUAUAGUGAUUUAAAGGCGUUUUUACUAGCUGAGCGCUGGGUUUUUUUGUGUGCACUACGCCACAGUCUCUGCCUGUAUCAUAAGAAUUAUUCAGCCAUAACCUGGAAUUACCAAUGUGUUAAAUACAGGCCUGUCAGGUUUUUCUAUUCCUUUUUGCUUGAUAAUAUGAACAUACGUAAAUAUCUAAUCAUAAACUGGUAUCCUGGCAGGUUUCCUAUAUGUUAUCUACAAAAAAUAGCUGUAGUUUAAAUUGUCUGUGAAACAUUUCCUUAAUCUCUGAAUGUUUGUGAGCAAAAAUAGAGCAUUUUUUUCUUUUUGUUGUCAAAAUUUUAGGUCUUUGGCUACCUGCCAACAUCUUUGUACACAGUGUUAUGGGUCCACAGUAUUAUGGUGCAGUAUAUGACAUACAUUAGAGCAAUGACAGGUCAGUUUCUGGGACACAGCCGCUUGCAUAACAGAAGCUCUUAAGUGCUCUCCUUAUUUGACUGUACAAAAAGUUGUAUCUCAGUGCUUGGACCCCUAAUUUAAGCUCUAAUUUAAGCAUCUUAAUUUUUGGAAAAUCGUAUGUGCUGUGUUUUCCUCGGAGUGGAGGGGGGGGCUUUUAUAUUUUCCAUGAUUACUUUAAAUCUUUAAUGUUGAAUGUCUCGAUCUUUGGGCUGAAAACUUGAAGAAAAAGAUGUGAGGUUUUCUCCAAAGACCAGUCGCUCCACAGUGGAAAAAAGUGACACAGUGAAUUGACUUGAUUCAAAAGUGGACUUAUUACGUAUGAAUAGCAUAAAAUAAGGGAAAGCCCCCAAGAAGCCCACCUACUAUUCCAGUUAUAGAAAGAUCCACAACUUUGUAAAAAUAAAUACCUUAAUACAAGAAUAACCCAGUGAAUGCCUUAGACUGCCACAGUCCGAGUGGAUAGGGCGUGGAUACGGGUGGGCCUGUCAUGAUGGUGAAAUUUUAGCAGACGAUUAAUCGUCAUGUAUAUAAUUGCGAUUAAUGGCUUAACUGAUUUUCUUGUUUGCUGGAUGCAGCUAAUAAAGUAAAACCCAGUAGUGGCCAAAAUAGCUGAUUAGCCAACUUGCUUCCUAGCUGUGUUUACUUAGUAGUGAACCCACUCAUUAAUUAUUAUUUAGACAUGAUAAUGUUUUGAUGUGUUUUUGUUACUUAUCAUUUCUUAAAUAAUGGAGAUAUUUGAAAAAUAUUAAUAUGUAUAUUUUUUUGUUGGUAAAUUGUUUGCAAUUGUGGAAAAGUGGAAAGCACCAUAGAAUCUAAAAAAAUGCACCAUAAAAUCAAAUUUUUCUCUAAAAACAUCAUUUUAUUGAAAACAAGACCGAACAAAUCCAACUCACACUUAGUGAAAUGUACGACCCAAUAUUUACAAAUAUCGGAAAGCAAUGAAAUUUCAGUUGGUAUUUAGAAUGUAUGGUAAUUUCUUCCAAUUUUCCGCAAUUAAACAGGAAAACAAAGCAUUUCUGCUGCAUUUUGGUAAAAUUGAGAUAAAGUAAUUGUUGCCAUUUGGCAACAUCGUGCAGUAGAGGGUUAAACUGAAAAUGAAACACUCAUGCUCAAGAUGUUAGAAUUAGCCUUCCAACUGACAAAUAAACAAACAUUUCCCAUCCUGUAAGGUAGAAGUUAGAACUUUAUGGCACUGGGUGGGGGAGGGUAGUUGUUGGGGGGGGUUACCCACAAAUCACCCACCCCUGUCAUAUUGCUUUGUUAUCGUAAGCUGAAACACAGUGAGGCAGGUAGCCCAACGGCUACCUCUUAUUAGCAUCUACAUUACAUGAUUAAUCCAAUUUCAUAUAAAUCUUUAGAUACAAUAAGAACGUAGUCGCUCUGCCCACUUUGCUUACCUAGUUUUAAAUAUAAAACCUGCAACUUUUAUCUAAUGUCAGCACUGUUUGCUAGCUAGAGCCGUUUGAUGUUGGUUCUCCCACUUGUCAGAUCAAAUUUUCAAACUUCAAACUCUUUAUUUUGCACAGAAAUAUAAAACUAGACAAAAACUCGGAUUCCUAACAUGAAAAGUAAUUCUGAUUAGCAUGUCCGUUUGGCACGGAUCUCAUGGAGUGAACUAGCCGAUUUAGGAGUUUAUACUUCAUGUUUUUAUAGUACUGUCUCCCAGUUUAACUGUUUGUCAUCAUUUCUUCUUAAAAUUGUGUUUCUCUGGUUAUUAAUCUCUUCAACUACUAAAAUGAGUCAUUUUUCUGAAAUUAAACAAUGAGUGGGCCUAUUGGGAAUUCAGGUGGGCUUAAAAGGUAAAAGGGGUCACUUUAAGCCCAGUCCAAAAUUUUCAUCAUGUUCUUUACAUCUUUUUUUUAAAAAAUCAUGUACAGCUUGCUUAUGGCGGCAUUUUAGGGCCACUGUUAAUAAAAAUAAAAAUAGUAGACUUUGAGAAUAAAGUCAUAACAAUUUGAGAAAAAAGUUGAAGUUGACAAGAAUUUCAGACAAUAAGAAUUUAUUUUUUCUCAAAAUAUUACAUCUUCUUUUUUGACAUAUCACAAUUUUGUUUCUUGAAAUAUUCCUAAUUUAUUCUGGAAAUAUGACAUUUUUUCUCGAAAUAUUCCGACUUUAUUCUCUACUGUCCGCUAUUUUCUCUACUAGUCUACUGUUUUCAUUUAACACUGGCCCUAAAACGCUGUCACACUAGCUUGAUUAUGUAAACAGAGAUCCGGAGAAGAGUCAUGCAAAAGUUUGGGUACAUUUAACACAUCCUCUACAGAGACACACUUCUACACAUUUUAAUGCACGGUUACUGUUUAUUUGCUGAAUUUUAUUUGGAAAAAUAAUAAAACAUAAAAUGUGACCUGUGCAAAAGCUGUAGCAUUUCCUAGUUUUCCAAAAUGUUAAGCUAAAUAAAUGUAAAUUGUGCUCUGACAGUGUUAAAGUUAAUUCCCUGGAGAGGAGCAAGUGAUUUGACUGAGUGUUCAAACUUUUGCAUCUGACUCUCCCGAAAAACUGAAGUCCAAAUGAAAAAUCGGUGUAUGUAGAUAUUGGUGGGCGUCUUGGGGGGUUUCUCCUGUUACAUUAACACAGUGUGUGCAUAUCGAGUGAAUCAAGGAAAUUCAGUGUUGCUUGGACACGGAAUGUGGAGCCGUCUGUUUUUUGCUUGAUAUAUUGUGCAUUUUUCUGUAUGUCAGUGCGUGAAGGGACUCAAUGGUCCACAACUCUGGGCCGCCGAUGGCAUGAAUAGUUUCCUUUUGGUGCCAUCGGUCGUGUGGAAGUGGGUUUGGCUUUUAAAUACUCUGCUAUGUGUUAGCGUAAAGCAUUUAAUGUGAAGUGUUCAUCUGGAUGGAUUAACAGACACUUAGUGACUUUAAUGCAGGUGAAUUCUUUAAUUACUGAUGUCCUCAGCAUCUUCUAGUUACGUAUUCAGUCGCCUCAAUCAUUCCAUUGUGUGGCUUUUUUUACUCUGAUGGAGAUUUUUAAAAUCCAUUUUUUCUUGAUAUAAGGAAUUAAAUUUGCGUGUGAACAUUUUAUUCUUACUAGUAAAAACUGAAUUUUCUCAUGAGAAAUGUCAUUCUUGAUAUCAAAAUUUGAAUUGGUACUAGAAAAAUGUUAUUUUUAAAUCUAAUAAUUCAAUUACAACUGGUAAAAAUAAAAUGUUUACAUGAAAUUUAUUCCUACAAGUAAAAAUUCAUAGUUUGUAUUUUUACUAGUAAAUAUUUAAUCAAGAAUUACAUAUCUACUUGUGAAAAUUCUAAUUCUUACCAGUAAAAAUGUUCCCCCCAUUAUAAAUGGGGAACCUCAAUAAAAUUCAGUCAACAAUUACAUUUUUUCAAUUUAAUUAUAAAUCAGUCAAGAAUUGAUCUGAAGAAUCCUAGUAAAAAUGUAAUUCUUGACAUCAAAAAAUUUACUAGAAAGAAUUCUUCAUAUGGAACAUUACAUUUUCAUUAGUAAAACUUCAAUUCUUGAUAUUUCUACAUGUGAAAAUUCAGUUUUUACUAUUAAGAAUCAGAUUUUCACAUGUUUGGAUUGAAUUCCUGAUAUAAAUAAUAAAAAAAAGAUGAAAAGCUAAAAUGGCUUGUCAUAUGAAAAUCAAAUUCUUUCAAAAAAGUACAAAUUUAAACCCAAUUAAAAUUCUAUUUUAAGAAUUACAUUUCUACAUGUGAAACUUUAAUUCUCACCAGUAAAAAUGUUUCCCCCAUUAAAACGAAUAGGGAAACUCGAAUUAUCGCUAGUAAUAAGAAAUUUUUGACUAGUAAGAAUUACAUUUUUACUAGUGGAGAUGUUCAUGUGUGCAUUGAGUUCCUGAUAUAAAGGAAAAAAAGGAUUUAAAGCUCAAACGGUUUGCCGUAGAGAUCCUACCGUUCUUUUCGGUUAGCGUUCUGCCACCGAUGGCUGCGAACAUUGAUCAUCGCACACGUUGUAGUUAAGUACUUGAAUGGUGUUCAUAUUUGUGUAGACUAUGAAUGUGGAAAAAAGAACAUAGUUCGGUUUCAUGCACACAAAACCAAACCUCAGCUCAUUCCCAUCGCACCACAGCAGGAAAGAGAGCCUCAAAACACUCAUCCAGACUUUUCUCCCACCGAGGAGACUGUAUGUAAUAAUGAACUCGGGAUUUGGUUUUGAUGAUUUGAUUACGCGUUUGUACCAUUUUCCUUUCGUUUGUCGUAGUGCAGAUAUUGACGUUGAGCUCCGGUUGAAUGCAAUCAAACUGAAGCUAAUAUGAAUGUAUUGAAUAUAAAAAGCUUCAGUCUAAUACUAGAGGUGUUUUCCUUCCUGUACGCUAGGCUUCAAAAGCUGCCGAAAGGCUCCAGUGGCCGAAGGCCCAUCGUCGCAGCAUGCACUGUCCGACGUCUUUGGAUUGCUUUGGAACGGCGAUGGCUAGCUAUGGACUAAAGCGCAGAUCUGAGCAGUGUUGCUGUUUUCUUUGAGAUAACAGAAGGAAAAGGAUUCGUCAUCAUUUACUUUGUACUGAGUGUAUUUGUUUAAUGUGUUUUAAUAAAUUCUCUCCAGUAAGAAAA